AUGAUUGAUUCCCUAUUUGUACUAGGAGAAGAUAAACAAAUCGUCAUUGAGAAGCAUUGGAAGCAGACAAUUGACAGAAGUGUGUUGGAACCCUAUUUUGCUGCCUUGGCGAAAUACGUCGAUAGUAAUAAUAUUCCUCCCGUUUUGGAAAGUGGCGAGUGUGCGCUCAUUGUCGUAAAAGAGAACAAUCUUUCGUUCAUUGCAGUGGUGAAGAGCGAAUGUUCUCCCCUGUUAAUCGUGGACUUUAUAACCCAGAUCAUUUCUGUGUUGAAGACGUAUAUUGGCACAGUGAACGAGGUGAAAAUACGAGGGAACUUUUCCAUCGUUUAUCAACUUCUCGAUGAAGUUUCGGACUUCGGUAUCCCCGUUAUCACCGAGCCCUCGAUUAUGUCGUCCAUCAUCAAAAUCCCUACCGUAAUAAACAAAGUCUCCGCCCUGGUCACCAAAGUCGCCAACCUCAACACGGAAGACACCUGGCUCCCCGGCAGCACCAACAACGCCGUCAGCUGGCGCCGCCCCGACCUGUCCUACAUGCGCAACGAGAUCCGCAUCAGCAUCAUCGAAUUCCUCAAUGCGACAGUAACCUCGAAGGGCAGUCUCACCUCCUGCUCUGCGUACGGCGUGCUGCGCGUGGACAGCCAUCUCUCGCAGAGUCCGGAAGUCGCGCUGACGCUGCAGAAUUCGAAUUCCAUCGAAGCGCUCCGCGUGCACCGCUGCGUCGACCGCGCGCGCCUCCGCUCCUCCCAGACGCUCCAGUUCGUUCCGCUCGACGGCGUCUUUGAUGUGGCGACGUACGCGGUGAAGCGCGUGGACAACGCCGCGCUGGACUUCUACUGCCGCCCGAAUCUGUCGUGGACCCGCGGGGAAGGCGGAGUGUGGGGGACGCUGGAAGUGACGCUGGGCUGCAAACCGGGGAAACGGGGGAAACAGGAGGGCAACCCGGUGAUGGUGCAGGCGGUAACCGUGGAAAUCGUGCUCCCGCCGACCACGUCGGGCGCGAAUCUGACGACUUCCGCGGGGAAGAUGAUGUUCGACCAGGAGGAGAAGAAACUGCUGUGGGUGGCGGGAAAUCUGCGGCGCGAAGACGUGCUGACGCUGCGCGGGCCGGUGUAUCUGCAGCCGGGUUCCGCGGUUCCGAAAUCGUCGAUCUGCGCGAAGGUGGGGUUCGUGCAGCCCGAGGGAAACGUGUCCGGACUGGGAGUGGGGAAGAUCAACGUGCAGCGCACGAAGGGAGAGUACAAUUGGACGUCGUCGGUGUCGAGGAUUUUGCAGAGCGGGUCGUACGAUGUGCAGAUGUGAUUUUG